AAAAAAAAACAAUUUUAUUAGUGCAUGAAACUUCAACUAUUAAAUACUUCAAAAUAUUAUGAUCUAUCGAGUUCCUCAGAGUUCUGAAAUUUUAAAUACAAGCUCUUGAUCACCAGGAAGCUUUUAAGAGCAUCGAUUUGGGACUCAUAAACAUUGAUACACAUAGUUUUCGUGUAUGUACGACAGUAGUACUACUAAUAACCGAGGUAGUGCAACAUUCGUUCUCUUCGUUUUUGAAGGAUUAAAGACGAUGACUAUAAAAGCCUAUAAAAAAAAACACAUACAGGUAGAGUAGUAUCGCGCAUGAUAAGUAAGGUUGAUAGAAAUUGUGAAGUCUCCUUUAAAAGCGAAGGAAAAGACGCGCAGGCUCGGAAUCGAUCCUCUAACCCCCUCUGAGUAAGAACGCUCAUGGGACAACCCUUAGGCCGACGACUCUGUUGUCGACCCAACAACAGUUCAAAAGCGAUUCGGCAGUAAACAUGGCGCUUGAUUUCGCAGCCACCUACAAAGUCCUCGUGUUAGGAGAUUCGAACGUCGGCAAGACUUGCAUCGUUCAUCGUUAUUGUGACGAGAGAUACUACGAUACUUAUAUAUCGACGAUAGGUAUUGAUUUCAAACAGAAGAUUAUUAACUUGGACGGUACACCAAUCAAAUUACAAAUUUGGGACACCGCUGGGCAGGAACGAUUUAGAACUCUAACAACAGCGUAUUACCGUGGUGCUAUGGGUAUCUUACUAAUGUACGAUGUCACCAGUAUGGACAGUUUCAAUCAUCUGUCUUAUUGGCUUCGAAAUAUUCAGGAAAAUGCCUCACCGGAUGUAGUCAAAGUAUUGGCGGCUAAUAAAUGCGAUGCCACCGCAUACAGAGCCGUAGAUGCUGAAAGAGGUCAGAAAAUAGCAGAAAAUUUUGAUAUGCCUUUUUUCGAGGUAUCCUGUAAGGAAAAUAUAAAUAUCGAAGAAGCAUUUAUAACUUUAGCUAGGAGAAUACGAGAACAACGAGGACGUCGAGCUAGUUUGUUCGAAGCAUCGGAAAGGGAAGGUGCCGACAGUGUGAUAAAAGCUCAAUCACCGUCUCAACAGGGUGACGCUUGGAGAUGCACCUGUUAGUCAUCUUAUAGGAAUGAAAGAACGAAGGGAAAUAAAAAAAAAAAAUACGAGGAAAUCGCUCAUUGGUCGCCGAUAUAUUUCAGGUUGGAAAGAAAGGAAGUAUUUGUUUUUGGACAUAAAUUUUAUUCGCUUCUCCCUAUGGGAACGUACGCGUAGUUACGUUGCUCUUAUGAUCAUAUAAUCCUUAUAUGGUAUAUCGAAAAGUCAGUAAAAUAAGGACUUUUAGGAGUUAACGCGUAUGAAAAAAAAAAGAGAGAGAGAGAAAAAUAGAAUGAAAACAGACACAAGUAGCUAUUGAAUUAAAAUAAAUCGUGACUAAUAUUAUCUUAAACAAAAAAAAAAAAAAUUAAAAAAAAUAUUCUGCACAUAUACCGUAUACACUUACACGUAAACACAUAAAUACACGUAUAGCAUACGACGAAUCGUAUAACGUGGCUAAGCAAAAAAAAACAGAUAUGUGUAACUUUAAAGUUACCGCUCGCGUAUGUAAUAAUAAUAAUAAUAAUAAUAAUAAUAUAAUAUUAAUAAUAAUAAUAAUAAUCGUUCAUACGAUACGAACGUUCACAUUUUAAUCUAAAUCGUGCUGUCACUUCGGCGAUUACUUAGGAUCGUCACAACCUCAAAUUUCCUUAUUAAACAUCGAAACUCUAUGCUAAAACUUAUCCGCGAAGAUUAUUUAAAUUAUGGUAUUAACGUAGAUGAAAUAUGUACGUAUAAAUUGAAAAAAAAAGAGAGACA